CUAUCAUCCACCAGCGUCUGACUUGCUCGUCGCCUACCUUUGAGUUGAGUUGCGUUGUCGUUGUCCAUUAUAUCCUUCUUCAUUGGGAUCCAUUAUCACUAUAUCGUUACACCGCUCGUCUCUCAGCAUCAUCCACGUCACUGAGCCAAAUUCUGUAUCGCAACGUUCUGAAAAGCCAUGAAUCGUCACCACCCGUACGGAGACAGUCCUAUGGCUCGUCGUGGAGGAUCUCCACCGGGUCCAGGGCCUGAGCGCACGCAUCGUUUCUCAGAUUAUAGAGGUGGUCCCCCUACGCGUGGGAGAGGAUAUGGUCGUGGUCGUGGUGGCAGCGGAGGCGGCGCUGGAGGUGGCGGGGGAUAUGGUUACUACGACAACAUAAACUAUGGUGCCUAUGAUCAGGGACCUCCGCAAGGCGACAUGGGCUAUAGCAGAAAUGCCCCGCAAGAUCCCUACUAUCAGAGCAAUUAUGAUGCUGGGCCGUCAGCUCCAUACCCAGCUGCUCCUUCAGCAGGUUACAGUCAGGGCUACCCUAAAUACGAAGACGUUCCAGGUGCUUUCGAUGACGAUGCUUAUGGUCAUGGGCGACGCCCCCCUCCCCCUCGCAAGGAAAGAGAUGACAAAGUUCACGAUUCUAUCAUUGAAGAGCGAAUUCAGCGCGAACGUCCCUGUCGGACUUUGUUUAUCCGUAACAUCAAGUAUGAAACCAACAGCAAUGAUGUGCGGCGCUCAUUUGAGGAGCAUGGCGAUAUUAAGACCUUUUUUGACUUGAUAUCAACCCGAGGGAUGGUAUUUGUGUCAUACUAUGAUCUACGUGCUGCAGAGCGAGCCAGAGAGCGACUGCAAGGGUCUGAAAUCAGCGGACGACCAAUUGAUGUUCACUAUUCUCUUCCACGUGACGACAACGCGAAGGACGCCAAAAACAAUGAAAUGCAAGGAUGCUUACAAGUCACUCUCAGAAGUUCACCAUCAGGUCAGCCAAUUGAUGACAACGAAGUGCAGCGGAAGUUUCAGCAGUUCGGUGAUGUGAAGUCUGUGAGACAUGUAGGCGAAAGAAUUGAUUCUCGAUAUGUCGAGUUCUAUGACACUCGAGCAUGCGACGAAGCCUAUGAUCGAUUACGCCAUCAAGGUCUGCAAGAUGGAGUGAUGGAUAUUGUCUUCGCUUGGGAUGCUAGCAAUGAUGGUCCUCACGGCGGCGGCGGCGGCAGGGAUGGCGGGCGUGAUCAGUGGGAUGAAGGAACUGGAUCCCGUUCGCGUGGUCGUGGACGAGGUCGCGGUCGCGGUCGCGGUCGAGGUGGUCACGAUGAUGACUUCGACCGCCGCAACGACUAUGGUAGAGAUCGUGACAGGGGUGGUCGCGGUGGAGGUGCCCGAUACGAUGAUGACCACCAUGGAGGACAUGGCGGCGGUAGAGGUAGAUACAAUGAUCGAUAUGAAGGUAAUCGUGGAGGAGGAGGAUAUGGUCCGCCUCAAAGCUACACUGACGGUUCAUCAUCCUAUAAUGAUGCACCACCACCUCCACCACCGGUCUCGGACGAUCGUCUUGAGCAGGCCAGAAAAGUCCAACAGCUGCUUGCUGCACUCAAACAACCUGCGAGCAAUACUCCUCCCCCAGCGGCCAACAGGACUGUGCCUCCUCCGACCAAUAUGCCAACAUUGCCUCCACCGCCAAUGCAACAGCAACAUUCUGGUCCCGGUCCUGGUUUCUACCCACCUACUCCGGCCGCCGUCGCGGCUGCACCUCCGGCUACUUCCUAUCUCCCACCCCCCCCGCAGCCUACUGGUUCUAUACCGCCUCCUGCCACUAACCCUUUAAGCAAUCUCCCCCCGAAUGUUCUGGCACUUCUGCAGUCGGCUCAGCAGCAAACACAAACGCCACCCUCUACUGGCGGUGCUCCUCCGUAUGGUAUGCCGCCGCCAGGAGCAAUGAUGUCUUCAGCCCAAUCUGCAGCAACAAGUGCUAAUGCAAGUUAUCAACAAUUGAUGUCUUAUCUUCAAGCGGCCAAGCGUUCUUAAGCAUUGUAAAUGACUGUACAUGUCAGCCUGGUGACCGUACAAACUGUAGUUGUAUCACUGUUGCAUACUGUACGAUGAAAAUAGCGGAUUACGCUACAUGGGGUUGGUUUACUCUCAGUAAUGCAAUAUUGUCGUCGUAAUUGACUUUAGUAGUAGUAUUGUAGAGUAGUAAGCGAGGAUUUUACCUUUAUGAAAUAUGAUGGUGUUCACGUCGCAGAUUACCCGUGGACUGUAGGAAAG